AUGAUCGAGGUAAAGGACUGGAAGGUAGCGAUAGCUAAAGAUGAAACGGAGAAAUUUGAGAAGAACCUCGCCAAUUCUCCUUACUUCAAGGUGGGUAUCUUGCUGUCUAUGACGAGCGGGAUUGCCAUGAGAUCUCGGGAAGGAAGAUUUGAAAUUGCUUUCAAUCAAAAUCAAAAGCAGUACCAAAUCUAUGUGCCAAACGCCUCGAACGAGGAACACUUAAUCGUGUGGAGCGUGGUAAUGGCCGAUCAGUUGAAAAUACAAGGAGACUUGAGCGAAAGCAAGACCAGUGGGUUGAACAUGAUCUACAAGAAGUUUGCAGAUAACAUAAAGCACAGCGAAAAAUGCAAAUCAAAUCUUGAGGCGCUGGAAAUUUGUGUUACUAAUCUGAAGGAAACAUUCUGCCAAUUCUCGAAACCGUUAAUGAAACCAAAACAGAUAUAUACAAACUUUUACAUUCUUGAGACCUGUUUUCAGGCAAGGAGCCUGCCCAUCUUAUAAUCCAGUGUGUGACUGUGUCUUAUAUGGCAUAAUAUUUUAUGACUUGCCACUUUUUAUUAGCCAAAUACACGAUUUGAGCCGGUAGCUUUUGCACUUUUAUACACAAGACAAUAGGUUUGGGGAGGAUUGUUAAGGAAGAUAUAGUUACAAAUACUGUAUGACCAUGGAUAGUAGCAUGGUAUGACUCAAAUAUUUUCAAUUCAGGAAUAGUUUUCGUUUCUCAGUCUCGCUUUGUAGAAUCUCUUCUGAGACAGUUUAACAAGCUGUACAUUUAAUUAUUAUGGAAAAGAAAGCUUUACUCAGUGUUAAACAUUAACAUUGUACUUAUGACAAAAUGUGGUUAAAUAACUUUUCAAUAAAUAAGUCAAUAAAACGUAAUGAUAUUUCAGUUUGUGAUCUCUGCUUCAAUCUUACGUAAACUAGGGAAGCAAAUUUUAAAAAGAUAUUGAGUAAACUGCUCCUGAUUUCUUGCGCUUGGAAAGGGGCGUGCGACAGAAAGCGCCUGCCCGAAAGACCCUCGCGAGCCCCGUUCUUUUUUGCGCUCAUUCAGUUCCAAGCGCAGCGCCUGCUACGCUAGGCUUGGGUGACUCGAUGCGUCCGCAGAACACCCCCCCCCCCCCCCCCCCCCCCCCCCCCNCUACCAAGUUUUCGUCACGGCAGAGCGCUUGCCCUGUUUUGAGAUGCAGCCAAAAAAUGUUUCAAAAGUAGGUUGAGUUUGAUCGUCCGGAUGAACGUAGUCCUGAAUAGGACUGUUGUUGUUGACAGUGACUGACGUUUCGACAACCUGUGCGGUAGUCAUCUUCAGAGUCAAAGUGAGUUGUAUCACGUCAGUUGAUGGUAUUAUACCGUGGUUAUUGAUCUGAUUGGUCAAUUACGUUGCGAUGUUAUUGGUCGUCUGUCAGUUAAGCCGUGAUGUUAUUGGCUAUGAGGACUCGUAAUCAGUCAGUAAUUGGUGCGUUUCGAUCCGUCUAUGGUCACAGUUAAACAGUCGUCUAUUGUUAGUCAAAUUGUCAGUUCUCCAGUAGUUCUCUCGUAGUUAGUUUUGCUUGAUCUCGUCAAUAAGUCGUUUGUACGGCGCUAGUAACUGUUGGCUACAACAUUUGUCAGGAGUUUUAACCGUGGCAGAAUUAGCUCAGUCGGUAGAGCGCUUUAUUCCCGGGCCGGACCAAUACUCAGGGUCCUAAAAUAACUGAGAAAUGAAGGUACUCCCUUUGCUCUCUGCAAGCGGCCAGAUUUCGCGUGGCUCGGAUGACCACGUAAAAAUGGCGGUCCCGUCUCCAGUUGGAGACGUAAAAUUAGUGUCCCCAAUUAGAACUUUUGUGCUAAAUACCUUGACACUCGAAUAAAGUACUUUUUUUGUAAAGAAUUUUCAGGUAAAUUUUUCGCAUAGUGGCCAAAGAAAUACGCUUUCCAAAGGGAAUUUGUCUAUUUAAAAAUGUUGCAUAGAAGUUUUAUACAUUUUGACUUUAGCUUUAAAGAAAAAUUAGAAAAUGAGCCCUGAGGGAUUUGAGUCGGAUUUAGUGUUGAAUUUUGCCAUGUGCUCUUUUAUAAAUUUGCGUGAUCGGAUCCACGAUCCAGUAUUAAAGUGUUCCACUAAUUGCUUUAAAGAAAUUUACUUACCCUUCAAUCCAAUUUUUCUCAUAAGCAAUAAUUAUAUUAAGAAUUAUAAGCAAACUGUGAGAAAGUAACAUAAGCCUACAUAAGCUCUUGCUUCAUAACAACAAAGUUUGAGAAAGAUUCGUCGUGAAUGGGGAGUACUAAGUACUCAAAAGUAAACAAAAUAUAUCCUACUACAAGGAAAAAGAAAGUUUAAUUUUAAUAAUGACUUAAUCAGAGCUGGAAGAGCCAAGGUUAAAUUUGUUUACUAGCAAAAAUUAGCGGGUUGUCACUUCAUUUUCGCGAGGGACAAAUAGUUACAUGUUAUUGGAUUCGCUGAUGAUUUGUAAAGCAUAUGGGUUUUCGAAUAAAGUUUUGCAAGAAAUAAUUUCUUUGUCUGUUGUAUCUGUUCAUUAAUAACAUUAUUUGAAAACACGGACUUGGGACAACAGAAUCUAAGCUGAAUUUAAACAUAAAUUCAUGUUUCGCACAUUAACUGAUUAAUAAUGCACAUUUUUUCUGGUUCUUUUUAUGCAGUUUUCAUUUUAUCUAUGAAGUGACUCCGACUCACAAAGUAGCGCGGAUUGAGAUGAAUGAAUCUAUUUCUAAACGCCAUUUACAUAAUUGUCCUUCACCGAGGAUAGCUGCCCUGAAACCUUUGUUGUUUAGAUAAUUUACUUGGCCUUUUAAGGGAAAGAAGUGGAAAGACUACCAUUAUGAUAAUAGCCUCUGCAGUUUGCAAUUGGUUGCCUUCCUUAUAAUCCUAUUAAAUACCACGCGAAAAGGUGAAAACUUAAUUUUUUUUUUUUUAUGAACUCGUUGGUAGAAUAAGAAAUUUAUCUCGAAUCAGAAUAGGCUUCGGAUCCUUCAAAGCUAGACUCUCUUUUUCCUUGAAGUUACCCAGAACAAACUCCUCAGUCAAGGCCGAACAAGAAACCAUUUUCAAUCUUGAAUUGGCCGUUAUUGUUUACUGAAAUAGCUUCCCGCUUUCACACUAAUUGAUUUAUGCAAACAAAAUGAGAAAAAGAAAAAGCGAGGAGGAAGAAAGGUGGAGGAGAGAAGAAAACAAGGUUGAACUCUUAGUUUUUACUCUUAGCUUUUUUAAGUGUUUGGACGCAAAGGUCGACCAUUUGCAUUGGCGGUAACAUUUUCAAAAAUUCGGCUGGAUAUAAAUGAGCCUUUCUGGCCUCGUUUAAAAGUACGAACUGUUCAUUUUGACCGCCCCUAGUUGUCUCAUUUUCUUAUUGGUCCAAAACGGUUGAAGAUAGCCUCUGACCGGCGGGUAGAAAAAGAUCUAUUUCAUUGGCUUGUGGUAUCACUCCAGUGAUACCUAUCGAACAAAUAUGGCAGGACUUUAAAAAGGUUCAUUGUGCUUGCCGCUGCUUCUUUAAAUAAUUUAGUAUCACAUCAAUGCCACCUUUCUAUUUCUACAUCUCCAGAAGAGAUUUUGUAUUCCCGAUUAAAAGCACCAAAUGAACGGGACGAGGAAAAAAAGGGUUUAACCAUAUAGGGACGCCCCGCAUUUCGACAAAACGGAUUCGAAGCGUUUUCAGGGGCGCAUGUAGAAUUUCUAUUCGCCAAUAGGGCAUGGUAUGGUAUGGUAUUGGUAUGGUAACUUUAUUAUUUAUACAUCGUAUUUCCUUCAGGUACAUUUACAUUCAAGUAUAGAAAACUAACUAAAUAAAAACUAGAAUUUAAGAUAAAAACUAAAAUAAUAAAGAUGAAAAGAAAACACCUCCUUUUUAAGGAGGAUCACCCAAGCGUGUGUAAAAAUAACAUAUCGCUAAUUUAAAUUAUUUCACAAUCGAAAUUAAGGUCCCUUAAUUUUCCCUUAGAUACAUUUAAUAGGGGAUGACAAUUGCCUCACCUCCAGAGCCAAGCUGUUCCAUAACACACUUCCUCUAUAAGAAAGACUACUUUGAUAAAAUUCAGUGCGGGGUUGUGGAACAGCCAGCUUGUAUUCAUUCUCUCCAAGGUUAUAACUAGUUAAAUCGCAGCGACGAACAAAACGCGAAACCAGAUAUUUUGGAGCUGUGUUAUUUACAAUGCUAUGCAUCAUUAUUGCUUUACUAACUACGCGCUGAUGGACAAGUUUCGACCACUUUAAAUUUUGAAACAAUUCACUAGUACUGCAUUCAUAAUUAGAGAAAGCUAGAACACGAGCGGCGCGAUUCUGCAAUUUCUACAAUUUAGAAGAUAGGUCAGCGGAAAGGUGUGAUUAAUACCUGAGCCUGGUUCGAAAACAAGUUUGUUCAUUAUAGGCUGGUGAUAAAGAGAGAAAGUGUAUCUGGGUUAAAACACGCAGACGCGCCUUUCCUGUAUUUCUUUUCACGGUUGGCCAACUUAUUAUUAAGUGCUUCCAAUUCAACCGGCUUCACGGACACUUUGAAACUCUUUUUUGAAAAAAAUUCGUUUUGAUACCAAACGAACGACCAAAGUCAAACUGUGAACGUGAUUUGUGAUUGGCCGACUAAAACAUGUUGUGCAGCGGUAGUCGGAAUAACCGUUUACAGUUCUCGGAAACUUUGUGGCACACUUCCGGCUUGGUUUGCCUUAACUAGCCAAUCAAACACCUAGUCAGACAAAACACAGCAGUAACUAUUGCAAUCAGUUUCCAAGAAGCCUAUUAAUAUUUCCGAGAACCUUAUUUGUAGUAUUCAAAUCAUUGUGAAUCAUCCGAGCUCUCACCUUGACAGAAACUGCCGAAACGCUUUGGUAGAAUUUACUUUUAAUAUGGCAUCAAACAACGGGGAACACGCUCCCAAACGAUUUCGCCAGAUGGAAGAGAAAGAACCGGCCAGUACACGCUAUAUCAAACUAGAUAUGAAGAAAUAUGACAGUUCAGUUCAAGACUACUCAGACGAGGACCUGGUAAAGAUAUUUGAGUUUGGACUUAAAGUCAAAGAAUCCGCCAGCUUGAAUUUAGAUGUCAACCAGAAGAUGAUGGAAGAUGCUCUGAAUUCCAAAAUGAAACCAAUUCAUGAAACUGUCGAAAAAAUCGAGGAGCAGGUGAGAAAACAAGUGCUUAAAGUACAGCAAGACGUCACUAUGGAGGUCAACGACAAUAUGACCAAAUUUGCGAAGAACGUAGAAAGCUUAAAACAGAAUUUAUCCGACCAUUUGACCUCAAUCGCAAAUGAAUUGACAAGUAAAGUUGACGGAGCAGCCCAGAAAGUACAGCCCUUAGGAGAGUUGAGCAACACCAUAAGUGAGUCAGCGCAGAAAAUCAAAGACCAGAUGCGUCUUGAGGUUACAGACUCAGAAAGACGAGUGCAAGAGAAGCUUAAAGAUUGCAAUGAGAAACUCGAUGCGAUAUCUAACACUUUGGACAAGCCCAAAAAGAAAGGAGAUCGCGCCGAAAGGAAAGUAAUCGAUGUCCUGAAGCAACAGCUUCCAAACUUUACCUUUAUUGACACAUCUUCCGAUAAGGGGAAAGGAGACAUUGAGGCUCAAUCGCCAAAUGGCCAUAAGAUCAUGAUCGAGGUAAAGGACUGGAAGGUAGCGAUAGCUAAAGAUGAAAUUGAGAAAUUUGAGAAGAACCUCGCCAAUUCUCCUUACUUUAAGGUGGGUAUCUUGCUGUCUAUGACGAGCGGGAUUGCCAGGAGAUCUCGGGAAGGAAGAUUCGAAAUUGCUUUCAAUCAAAAUCAAAAGCAGUACCAAAUCUACGUGCCUAACGCCUCGAACGAGGAACACUUAAUCGAGUGGAGCGUGGUAAUGGCUGAUCAGUUGGUGCAAAUAGAAGGAGACUUGAGCGAAAGCAAGACCAGUGGGUUGAACAUGAUCUACAAGAAGUUUGCAGAUAACAUAAAGCACAGCGAAAAAUGCAAAUCAAAUCUUGAAGCGCUGGAAAUUUGUGUUACUAAUCUGAAGGAAAACAUCCAGCCAAUUCUCGAGACCGUUAAUGAAACCAAAACAGAUAUGUACAAACUUUUACAUUCUUGA